AUGAUUUUAUUUAUAAUUCUUAUAUCACUAGAAAUUAAAGACAUAGCUUUUGCCUCAUUUGAAUAGCAAUAUGAUUAACUGUAUUCCAGAUGCAUAUUAUUUAUCUUAAAUAUAAGUAUAGUCUUAUAUUAACAUUAGUUUGUUUAAUUUAUCAGAAAAAAUCUAAAAAACAACUAUGCUUUUUGGUUAUAAUACAUUUUGUUUAAAACUGUAUUUAUUUUGGAUUUCAUUAGUUAUGGUAUCUCUAUCCUUUAGCAAGCAAUUUUAAACAUAACAAUUAAACAAAGUUUUUUAUAUUUUUAUUAUACCUAUUUACUGGGGCUUUAGAUUUGGCAAACCCUAACUCCUUAUUUACUCAAACUGAGUUAAACUCGAAAUUAACAAUUUUACUCAUAAUUUUAUUCGAAUUUUAUAACCUUCUUAUAUCAACUAAAAUUGGGCACAAGGCAAGACAACUUAUACUUGAUAUACUAAUAGAAGAUUGUGUGAUUAAAAUUUAUGAUAGUUAAUUAAAUGAUUUAACUCCAAAUCUACUCUCCAAAUCAUAAAAUAUUGAUAAUUUUUCAUCUCCAACCAUUUAUACUACAAGACAAUCAAAAAGUAAUGAUAAUUUUACAAAUAACUAAUCUUAAAAUAAAUAGAUUAAUUUCAAAACAUAUAAAUUUUAUGACAAUAUUAGUCUAUCAGCUGAUUCUUUGUAAUCUUCCACUUAAAAAGAUUAAACAUACAAUAAUAUAAAGGAUUUAAUUAAAUAAUAUUUAAAUGAUACUAAAAUUAGUGAAUAAUUAAUCAUAGCCAAUGAAUACGAUUAUAAAACUGGUUAGAAAAUCAAAUACAAACUCAUUAUUUCAUAAAGUAUUUCUAAUUAUAUUAUUGUUGCCUUCAUUAAACUAGAUUAAGUCUAUUUAAUUAAACAAUAAAAUAAAUUAAUUUAGUUUAAAUAAUAAUUAGCAUCAAUCUUUACUAAUAAAUUAAAAACACCUUUAAAUGCAACAUUUGGUUAUUUAAAUUAAUCAAUAAAUGAUAUAUCAGUAUCUGAUUAAUUUAAAUAAUUAUACUUAAUACCUGCUAUGCUAAAUUCUAAACUUUAGUUAUAUCAAAUAUAAGAUCUUUUAGAUUAUCUUUACUAAGAUUCUACAUAAUUAACAUUAUAAGUUGCUAAAACUAAUUUGAUAAAAUUAUUAUUAAGUGUCAAUGAAUUGUUAGAAUUGUAAUGCAAAACUAAAUAAAUAUCAUUAUAAUAUCAUAUAAAUAAUGUAGAUAUCAAAUAUUAAAAAUCAAUAUAUAUUAAUACAGAUUCACAAAAAUUAGAAAGAAUACUAAUUAAUUUACUUAAUAAUAGUUAUCGAUACUCUCCAUCAAAUAAUACAAUAAAAAUAGAUAUCUAGAUUGAUGAGUAAGAAUCAAAAGCAUUUUUUAGAGUAUCUGAUAAUGGUGAAGGAUUUACUUAAGACUAAAUCAAGUUUAUAAAUUAGUAAGCACUUUUAUAAAAUAAAUUUUAAUUAGUACAAAAUCAUCAUUAAGAUAAAUAUCAUCAUUUUAAAAUCCAUAUCAAAUUUGGAAUAUCUUUAUAAAUAACAAAUCAUUUAAUUUCUGCUUUAAGCGAUUAACAUUCAAGUUUACAAUUAAACAAUUCUUAACAAGGAGCUGCUUUUGAAUUUUUUAUUAGUACGAAAAUGUAAAACCAAUUUUUAAGUUCAUAGAAAAUAAUUUAGAAUUCAAAACCAAUUAAAUCUACUAAAGGCUUAUAACAUAUUGAGUAAGAUAAUGGUUCAAUUUACAGUCAUUCAAGUUCAUUAAUAAUUGAACCAUCACCUUAAUUACCAUUAAAUCAGAAAAAAAAUGAAUUAUAAUAAUUUAAGAGUAGACACUCUCAUAGAUAAUCAAGUAUAUCCCUUACAAAAAGGGCAGAAGAAAAUCAAUUUCAUUUAUUGAAAAAAGGAACCUUAUGUGAAUCUAUUGAUUUUGAAAAUGAAUAAGAAAUAUUGAUAGUUGAUGAUGAACCUUUCAAUCAUGAUAUAUUAUGUUUAAUGCUUAAGAGAUUAGGACUUAAUAAGUUUGUUAAAGCUUAUAAUGGUCAAUAAUGUUUAGAUAUAGUUAUGAAAAAGAAAUCAAGAAUUCAAUUAAUAUUUAUGGAUUUAGAUAUGCCAAUUUUAGGAGGACUUUAAGUACAUUCAUAUUUAAUUUUAGACAACAGAAAUCUUAAUAGAUAUGAUGUAAUAAAAGAAAUUAGAUUAUAUAAAUAUAAUUGGAUGUACUGCACAUGAUGAUUAUGAUACUUAAUUAAAAUGUAUUAAUGCUGGAAUGAAGCAUGUUAUUAGCAAACCCAUCUUCUUAAAAUAAGUAAAGGAACUAUUUUUGAAAUUAAGUGACGAAUUGCUAAUCAAAAAUUUAUUCAUUAGUUAAUCUAUUGAAAAACACAUUUGA